GGAAAUUAGUCACCACCUGAUUACAGAUUCACAGUUUGUUGAAAUUUUGGUGUGAUUGACUUGAUGAAUAGCUAUGGAGAGAAAGAGGCUCCCUUUGGUAGUAACAGAAGACCACCAUGAGGUACUGCCUCACAUUUAUCGUGGGAUAGGAGCAAAGCGUCUACCCUUCUCUAACCUGACCAUGAUACAUUUUGACUCUCACCCAGAUCUGCUGAUUCCUGCUCAGAUGUUGGCUGACGACACGUUUGAUAAAAAUGUCCUCUUUGAGACAAUGAGCAUAGAGAACUGGAUCGUACCAGCUGUGUAUGCUGGGCACAUUGACCAUGUGAUCUGGGUCAAGCCACCCUGGUGUGAACAAAUGAAGGACAUGCACACCAGAUUUUAUGUGGGCAAAUGUUCGGAAACUGGACGUAUCAGAGUUUCCUCCAGUGAAAACUACUUUCUGAGUGAAACCCUGUAUGCUGAUGAGGAAACCCUGAUGAACAAAAAGUUGUUUCACCUCUCAGUGCUGACUCUAAAACCUCGCUUGUGGGAAUCACUCUCAUCGUGCGAGGAUGUUAUCACCAAGGAAACCAGCGACCCUAAGUGCAAGCGCGCUGACGCACUCCGAUCAUCUGAUAGGCAAAGUAGUGAAGUUGAAUCUGGUGGGGAAAAAACAGGAACAAAAUCCAGCGGUUCGUUAGAUGUCACAGAGUCUGACAGUUUGCCCAUUGACAGCAGUGCAAGGGGAGAUAAUUCAUCCACAGAAAGAUGUCCCAGAAAAGCAGUUUGUGACAAUCGUGCUACAGAUGGUUCUAUGACAAUUUCUACCUCUACUUCUUGUCUUUUGGAGAAAAGACCUCAGAAAAGGCUAGGAAAUGUUAAUAAUGUGACGUCAAAACAUGAUGAUGAUGAAAGUUUGGUGAAAGUUUCAUGCAAAAUGCCAAAACUUUUGUCAGAGGAGAAAGAGGCUUGUUAUUCACAGUGUGUUGAACACAGCAAACUGAGUAUUGAUAAAUCAGGGAUAAAUUCAGGGAAUGUUUGUAAUUGUGAAAUAAGUCACAAUGGAGAACUGGUACAUAAAGAGAUGGGGAGUAAAUGUGAUACAAGAGCUGAAAAUGAAGAAAGGAUAGAUCCGAGUCAGGUGUCACAGGAAUGCUCAGUUUUUCUACAGGAUCUACAGGAUUCCCUGACAAAACUGGUUCAAGGGAAGCAGUAUAUUUUAGAUAUUGACCUGGACUUCUUCUCUACCCUGAACCCAUUCAAGACUAUGCUGACUGAUUUUCAGUACAGGACUUUACGAAAACUGUACCAGUUCAAACCCCCCAGCUCUAAUGAUAAGCAGGACAUUAAUGAAUGUUUACAGAGAAGGAAAGACCAGCUUGAUCAGCUGAAAUUAGCCAUUGUCAACAGGAACCCAGAGCUGGCUGCAGAAGAGAGGGACCUCAUAGCAGACCUGCUAGCUGAUCUUGAGAGAUCAGGGAAGGAUACUGGAAGAGCUGUCGACCUUGAGCUGAUCCAUGAGGCUGGUUGUACGUGUGAUGAUACAGAGCUACCUCAUCACAAGAGUUCUGAUGAAGAGAUACAGCACCUGGUGGCAUGCGUGGAACACCUCCUGGGUUACCUCCCCUUACCUCAGAUGAUCACUGUGGCAAGGUCCAGCCAGGAUGACUAUUGCCCUCCAGACCAGGUGGACUUCAUUGAGGAGUUGUUGUUGGAAACUCUCCAUAAUGUCUAUGAUAACCUCUCUGUAACAAAGGACUACAUAAGUGUAGACAACCUAGAGGCUUCUGGAUCAGGGGUACCACAGUGAAUGACAAUCAGAGGCGCACCAAGCAGAGGUGCCUCAGUGGAUGACAAACAGAGGCUCCACACAGGAACAGAAAGCAGAGAUGCCUUAGUGGAUGACAAACAGAGAUGCCACAGUGAACACCAUGCAGAGAUGCCUCAGUGAAUGACAAUCAGAGGCGCCACAGUGAACACCAUGCAGAGAUGCCUCAGUGGAUGACAAACAGAGGCGCCACAGUGAACACCAAGCAGAGAUGCCUCAGUGGAUGACAGGCAGAUG